UCAUAGUGAGUAAAGUUUUCGAUCAAACAUAGUACGACAUGGAAGUUCUUUGUCAUAAUUUUGCCAGCAACCCCAAAUUUACUCCAAUUUCUGUUGGCCGCAACGACACAUUUAAAAUAUCGACUACUACUAGCCGUAACAUGAAAAUGUACCAACAUAUGAGCGGCUCUAGGGUGAGACCAUCGGCAUUGCCGUUGAAGAUAACACAAUUUAUAAUAUGUCCGUCAAACUCUUCAGCGCCAGUGGUGAGUACUCCUGCAUCCUUGCAAGAUGUCGAGGCCGGGAAAUUGAUUGAGAAUAAUCCGAUCAACGAGCGAUAAUGAAGAAUUGUUCCAGUACUUGCUUGAAAUAUUGGCUUCGAGAGUACGAUGUAGCGAUUGAUUCCUCAUUGCAGCAUGCAACAAAGCUUUCAAAGAGACUUGGGAUUAACCUUUUUUUCAAAAGAGAGGAUAUGCAGUCCGUGUUUUCAUUCAAGCUUAGAGGAGCUUACAGCAUGAUGACCAAACUCACAAAGGAGCAAUUAGACAAAGGAGUUAUUACAGCAUCAGCUGGAAAUCACGCACAAGGAGUUGUAUUAGGUGCUCAGAGACUUCAAUGUACUGCUAAAAUUGUCAUGCCUGUUACCAGCCCAGAGAUCAAGAGGGAAGCAGUUGCAAAUUUGGGUGGUACUGUAGUACUUGAGGGUGACACAUUUGAUGAAGCUCAAUCACAUGCAUUGAAAUUGGCUCAAGAGAAGGUCUCACAUUCAUCCCACCAUUCGAUAUUCAGAUGUCAUCAUAGGCCAAGGUAUUUAUAGGAGCGGACCAUCUUAGACAAAGUGGUAUCCAGCGAAAUUACUUGAUCGGAAAAUUUAAUUAUAUGUAGAUGAUAUAGGAGAAUAAUUUUUUUUCAUGUUUUAAUGAGGAAAAAACAUUUUUAGAAUUAUUUCUAAAGUGAAAAGAUUCAUAAUUGUCCUCGUCAUUAAUAAAUUAAACUGAUACACAUUGUCUUUAUUUUUCAACUUAGCUGACGAAAUUAUUAACAAACAAAGAAAUAUAUGAAAAAGAUCUAAAAUUGUCCUUGUGGUUUGCGAAAUAGUCAUUUUUGCGUCUGUUUAAUUACAAUCUAGGCCGAUAUUUACCUUUUUCACUAAGAGCUUCAUUUUGAACUUCAAUUUGUGCCUAUUAAAAUCACAAUUUGUCACUUGGCAAUUAAUUAAACUUCCUAUUUCACUAGCCCCUCCCCUCAUCCAUUUUCACUAACGGCUUCACAGGGCAAUUUGAACAUUUGGUUAUUGUAUGGGUAAAAAUCUCGCCUAGCACGUGGACCAAUAUGUGACUGACAC